AUGGGACAAAUACUUGGGGACCCCAUAUCCAUCGACAUGAUGCGCCCAAAAGGCCGGACAAAGACUUUGCCGCUGUCAGAUUGGGCGCCUGGGGCCGCAUGCGGCGUCAAGUCCUUUUGGGACAGGUCAGGAUCAAGCAGACCAGCAAGAGAACCCAUCAUUGGCAUUGACCUCGGGACAACAUACUCGUGUGUCGGCGUUAUCAAGGGCGACAGGGUAGACAUACUAGUAAACGACCAAGGAAACAGAAUAACACCGAGUUAUGUCGCGUUCGCCGAGAACGGGGAACGUCUUAUUGGAGACGCAGCGAAAAACCAAUACGCGAAUAAUCCAACGAACACAAUAUUCGACAUCAAACGGUUGAUAGGACGAAGCUUUUCGGAUAAAGGACUUCAAGCAGACAUAAAACACAUGCCAUUUAAGGUUGUUGCGGGCCCGGGGGAUAAACCGGUUGUCGAAGUCAACGUAGGGGGAGAAGCUCGACAGUUUACGCCAGAGGAGAUUAGCGCCAUGGUGCUCGGGAAGAUGAAGGAUGUUGCCGAAGCUUAUCUAGGCCAGAAGGUUAAACAUGCCGUCGUCACGGUCCCGGCCUACUUCAACGACAAGCAAAGACAAGCAACCAAAGACGCCGGAGCCAUCGCGGGCCUCAACGUCAUCCGCGUCGUGAACGAGCCCACCGCGGCAGCACUCGCGUAUGGCAUCAACAAGGAAGAAGGCGAGCACCAAGUCCUCGUCUACGACCUCGGCGGCGGCACCUUCGACGUCUCCCUCGUCUCGGUCGAGGACGACAACUUCCAAGUGCGCGCCACAGCCGGCAACACGCGCCUCGGCGGCGAAGACUUCGACAACCGCGUCAUCAGCCACCUGGCGCGCGCCUUCCAGCGCAAGCACGACGACGCAGCAGACCCGACGGGGGACGCGCGCGCGAUGGGCCGGCUGCGGCGCGAGGUCGAGAAGGCCAAGCGCACGCUCUCGUCGCAGCUCUCGGCGCGCAUCGAGAUCGAGGGUUUUUUUGGCGGGGUGGAUUUCGCCGAGACGCUGACGCGCGCCAAGUUUGAGCAGAUUAAUUUGAGGCUGUUCGAGAAGACGCUGGAGUCGGUGAAGCAGGUGCUGAGGGACGCGAAGGCGGAUAGGGCGGAUGUGACGGAUAUUGUGCUGGUGGGCGGGUCGACGCGGAUUCCCAAGAUUCGGAGCCUGGUGGAGGAGUUCUUUGGGAGGAAGGCUAGUGGGGGGGUUAAUCCUGACGAGGCCGUGGCGUUUGGCGCGGCGGUUCAGGGAGGGGUCCUCGGAGGCGUGAAGCUUAUGGAGAAGGUUUUACUGAUGGACGUGAACCCGCUUACCCUCGGAAUCGAGACGGCUGGAGGCGUGAUGACACAACUGAUUCAACGCAACACCCAACUCCCGACAGUUACGCUGACCUGUUCAUCAGACAACCAACCCUCGGUUAUGAUCAGAGUCUACGAGGGUGAGAGAUCGAUGACAAAGGACAACAACCUGCUCGGCAAGUUCGAGCUCACCGGUAUACCGCCGGCACCACGCGGUGUCCCCCAAAUUGAAGUCUCGUUUUCCGUUAGUGCCGAUGGCAUCCUCGAGGUCUCAGCCCAGGACAAGGGUACUGGGCGCAAGGAAACAAUCACGAUCAGCAAUGACGACGGCCGUUUAACCAAGGACGAAAUCGCACGCAUGAUUGCCGAAGCAGACAAGUUCGCCGACGAGGACAAGGAGGCUCGGGAGCGUAUCGAAGCGCGAAACGGCCUCGAGAACUACGCUUUCAGUUUGAAGAACCAGCUUGAGGACGAUAACGAGCUCGGAGGCAAGAUUGAUGAGGAUGAGAAAGAAACACUCCGGGACGCCGUGAGAGAAGCGACCGCCUGGAUCAACGAAUACGGGACGACGGCAACCGCUGACGACUUCGCCGAGCAAAGAGAGAAGCUGUCGGAUGUGGCGCAUCCCAUUACUAGGAAGUUAUAUGGUGGCGCCGACGACACGGGCAGCGCUGGAAACGACGAGAACGACGAGUUCGGCGAUUAUCAUGACGAGCUCUGA